AUGACUGUCCUUCCUUCAUCGACCGGCAACGACCCAAUGGAGCAGAUUGAGGCAUUCACCGAUCGUUCCAAUUCGCAUACGAACACUGCGAUGUCCGACAACUCCCCACCACGCCGCUCACGGCGACGGGACGAUCUCGAAAAGAACGACAUUCACGCGUCCACGCAACCGACAAACCCCAAGUCUGGCAGAAUCGCCAAAGACUCAAAGCGCGAUUCGAGGCGCAAGAGCCGGACUAAGAUGCCCAAGGAGCAGCUUAAGCCCCUGAGCUUUUGGAACGUGUACUGCGCCAUUGUCACCUUCUGGUGUCCCGACAUGGUCCUCAAAUGCUUUGGCAAGACAACGCGGAACCAGCGAAGGGCAUGGAGAGAAAAGAUGGGGCUGAUCAGCAUCAUUCUUUUCAUCAUGGCCAUUGUUGGCUUUAUCACGUUUGGGUUCACUGCCGUUGUCUGCGGCUCUCCGCCCGAGCGCCUCCGCAUCAAUGAUGUGGGACUGGGGUACAUGAUCUUUCACGGAAGGGCCUACGACCUGGUCAGGUCGCAUCAUCCUCCCGCCGAGGGUAUGCCCCUGCGCCUUGACGGCUUUGGUCCCAAUGUGUUAUACGAUCUGGACACCGAUUAUGGAGGUACUGAUGGCAGCUUCUUCUUUCAGAACGUCAAUGGUGCCUGCAAGGACCUCAUCACCCUAGCCCCCGACUCAGACGUCCCAACUAAUGAAAAAGACGAGCUCGCGUGGUACUUUCCCUGCAAGGCCUUCGCUCAAGAUGGUUCUACUCAGCCUAAUACCACGUUUGAAUACUACCCUGGAUACGCUUGUCACACGACAAGCAAGGCCCGUGACGCCUUCUACCUCGACAUCAAGGGCCAAGCUGAUGUCUACUUCACUUGGGGAGACAUUCGCAACAACUCACGCAACCUGAUGGUCUACAGUGGUCAGGUGCUGGAUCUCGACCUGUUGAACUGGUUCAACGAAUCGCAAGUCGCUGUGCCUGACCGGUUCAAGGAACUGCGAGACAGGACCUCUGAUGUCAACGCCAUGGUCCGCGGCCGCGACGUGACCCGAAUGUUCCAGGGCUCUGGUGACAAGAAGCUUGCACAGUGCUUUGAAGAGAUCAUCAAGGUUGGCUCCGUCGACACGGAGACUGUUGGCUGCAUCGCUUCCAAGGUCGUCCUGUACUGUGCCCUAACCCUUAUUCUGGGCUUGGUCGGUGCUCGAUUCUUCCUCGCGAUUAUCUUCCAGUGGUUCAUUUCCCGCAAGUACGCUGCCAACAAGACGUCGCAAAGCUCAGACCGUCGCAAGCGCAACAGGCAAAUUGAAGACUGGUCGGACGACAUCUACCGUGCCCCUAUUCGACUCCCCGGCGACGUUGGUAGCACCGUUGUCGGCUCUGACCGCAUGAACAAGCGCUCCUCGUUUCUGCCCACGCAGUCACGGUUCUCCACGGUAUAUGGCGACUCGGGCAGCAUGGGCCGACGCAUGCCCACAACCAUGGGUAGUCAAGCUGCUUCGAGCAACCUGCACCCGAACUCGAUUUACAAGCAGGGGAAUGACAGCCGCGCUAGUUUCCUCCAGUCCGACCCCUACGCGUCGAGCAACGGUCCAAGUGAAGGUCCUGGUCCUGCUGGCUUCAUCCACCCUGCCGUCGUGCCUCAGCCUCCAGCUGAUUGGCAACCGUUUGGCUUCCCUCUUGCUCACACGAUGAACUUGGUCACUGCCUACUCUGAAGGUGAGGAAGGCAUGCGAACUACGCUUGACUCCAUCGCUAUGACCGACUACCCCAACAGCCACAAGGUCAUCGUUGUUAUUUGCGACGGCAUGAUCAAGGGUAAAGGAGAGUUGAAGUCCACACCUGAAGUUUGUCUCGGCAUGCUCAAGGACCACACGAUUCCUCCCGAAAUGGUCGAACCCUUCUCGUACGUGGCUGUGGCCAGCGGCGCCAAGCGACACAACAUGGCCAAGAUCUACUGCGGUUACUACGACUACGGGCACCAAUCUGCCAUCCCUCUUGAUAAGCAGCAGCGCGUUCCCAUGAUGGUUGUGGUCAAGACUGGCACGCCUGAUGAAGAGAGUGCUUCCAAGCCCGGGAAUCGUGGAAAGCGCGACAGUCAGAUCAUUCUCAUGUCAUUCCUCCAGAAGGUCAUGUUCGACGAGCGCAUGACAGAACUCGAGUAUGAGAUGUUCAACGGCCUUUGGAAGAUCACUGGUAUAUCCCCCGACUUCUAUGAGAUAAUGCUCAUGGUCGACGCCGAUACCAAGGUCUUCCCCGACAGUCUGACGCACAUGGUGUCUGCCAUGGUAAAGGACCCCGAGAUCAUGGGUCUCUGUGGCGAGACCAAGAUUGCCAACAAGCGCGACAGUUGGGUCACUGCCAUUCAGGUCUUUGAGUACUUUGUGUCGCAUCACUUGGCCAAGUCCUUCGAGUCCGUUUUCGGUGGUGUGACUUGUCUCCCUGGUUGUUUCUGCAUGUACCGUAUCAAGGCACCCAAGGGUGGCCAAAACUACUGGGUUCCCAUCCUCGCCAACCCUGACGUCGUGGAACAUUACUCGGAGAAUGUGGUCGAAACAUUGCACGAGAAGAACUUGUACCUGCUUGGCGAAGAUCGUUAUCUGACGACUCUCAUGCUUCGGACAUUCCCCAAGCGCAAGCAAGUCUUUGUUCCCCAGGCAGUGUGCAAGACUACCGUGCCUGACCAGUUCAUGGUUCUGCUGUCGCAACGUCGCCGCUGGAUCAAUUCCACGAUUCACAACUUGAUGGAGCUCGUCCUCGUUCGCGACUUGUGCGGUACCUUCUGCUUCUCCAUGCAGUUUGUCAUCUUUAUCGAGCUCGUGGGCACACUGGUUCUGCCUGCUGCAAUUGCUUUUACCUUUUACGUUGUUAUCAUCUCGGUUGUCAACUCACCGCCCCAGAUCAUCCCACUGGUCUUGCUUGCUCUCAUUCUGGGUCUGCCUGGUUUGCUGGUCGUCAUCACCGCCCACUCACCUUCUUACAUCGCCUGGAUGUUCAUUUACCUCUUGUCCCUGCCCGUCUGGAACUUUGUCCUACCCACCUACGCCUUCUGGAAAUUCGAUGACUUCUCCUGGGGCGACACACGCAAGACGGAUGGUGGGAAGACCAAAAAGGCUGGUCUUGAAUAUGAGGGUGAAUUCGAUUCGUCCAAGAUCACCAUGAAGCGAUGGGCCGAAUUCGAGCGCGAGAGACGCACUAAGAGUGCUUACUGGGGCUCAAGGGAGAACAUUACGGGUGGAAACCAUGGCAGCUGGGCGCCCCAACCACCCGUCCACCAUUAUGACGACCACUACUACUCGUCGGACGCAUAA